AUGUUAAUAUUAUUACAACUUCUUCUUUUACUUAUUGGUAUUUGCAAUUUAUCGCCUGCUUGCCCGCCGUGUGUUUCACCUUAUUACUGUAUUAAGUGUCCAACAGGAUGUUCGCAAGUGGGUGGUUGCGCUCAAUCGGAAUGUGUGAAUGAAAAAUGUGUAACAAUUACUCCUACUUGUUCAAAUUGUCCAACUACAGCAACACUAAAAUCAACAACAACUACUCCUCAAAAAUUUGAACGAAUUUCGUUCUUAUUUCCAGUUACCAUUCGAAUCAUUGGUGAAGAUAAUACGGAAGAAAUUCUACAACCUUAUAUGAAGAAUGAUACUGUUACAAUUGUUCGAUAG